GGCUGGGUAGGCCAGGCCGUGGCGGGGGUUGCAGGGGUGAGUGGUUGAGGGGCUUGAUGGGGGAGGCGGCCGUGGCCGCGGGGCCCUGCCCGUUGCGCGAGGACAGCUUCACGCGCUUCUCGUCGCAGAGCAAUGUGUACGGGCUAGCGGGAGGCGCGGGCGGGCGCGGGGAGCUGCUGGCCGCCACCCUUAAAGGCAAGGUGCUGGGCUUCCGCUACCAAGACCUCCGACAGAAAAUCCGACCCGUGGCCAAGGAGCUGCAGUUCAACUACAUUCCCGUGGAUGCUGAGAUUGUCUCCAUCGACACCUUCAACAAGUCACCCCCAAAGCGGGGCCUGGUUGUGGGGAUCACAUUCAUCAAGGAUUCAGGGGACAAGGGCAGCCCCUUCCUCAACAUUUACUGUGACUACGAGCCUGGCUCUGAGUACAACCUUGACUCCAUUGCCCAGAGCUGCCUGAACCUGGAGCUCCAGUUCACUCCCUUCCAGCUGUGCCAUGCAGAGGUCCAGGUUGAGGAUCAACUGGAGACCGUGUUUCUCCUGAGUGGGAAUGACCCGGCCAUUCAUCUCUACAAGGAGAAUGAGGGACUGCAUCAGUUUGAGGAACAGCCCGUGGAAAACCUCUUCCCAGAGCUCACGAACCUGACCAGUAGCGUCCUCUGGCUUGACAUCCGCAACCUGCCUGGCACAUCCCGGCGAAUCUCGGCUCUCGGCUGUCAGAGUGGUUAUGUCCGAGUGGCCCACGUGGACCAGCGGCGUCAAGAGGUUUUGCAGACGUGGACAAUCCUGCAGGAUGGCCCCAUUUCCCGAGUGAUUGUCUUCAGCCUCUCUGCCCCCGAGGAAACCACGGACAGGUCACAGCCAGAGGAGUACAGCCUGCUGGUGGCCAGCAUGUUGGAGCCGGCAGUGGUAUAUCGGGACCUGCUGAGCCGGGGCCUCAAGGACCAGCUCCUCCUGCCCGGCAGUGACCAGUUUGACAGUGUCCUUUGUGGCCUGGUCACCGAUAUAGAUUUGGAUGGGCGGCCAGAAGUCCUGGUGGCCACCUACGGACAGGAGCUGCUGUGUUACAAGUAUGGGGGCCCGGAGGCUGGAUUCCGCUUGCUGUGGCAGCGCGGCUUCUCCAGCCCGUUACUGGCCAUGGCUCACGUGGACCUGACUGGGGAUGGGCUGCAGGAGCUGGCCGUGGUCUCCCUGAAGGGCGUGCACAUCCUGCAGCACAGCCUGAUCCAGGCCUCGGAGCUGGUCCUGACCCGGCUUCGGCAUCAAGUGGAGCAGAGGAGACGUCAGCCACAAAGGCUGGGGGACAGGGUGGGUCCAGGGUCUGCUGGAACCCUGAGCUCCUGAGUACCCACCCACUGCCCACCCCCAGCCUGAGGUCCCUUGAUGUGGGAGAGGCCUGGUGAAGGCAGGAUGCUUUCCCUCAACCUCCCAGCUGUGAGUUCCUGUUCUGGCUCCGUUCCAAGUACCCUGUGACCCCAACUUCUGUACUGUGCUUUGAGCCUCAGUGUUCUCAUUUGAAAAUGGGAUGAUCUUCUAAUCCCAACAAGCAAUGGUCAGCCAGCAAGUAUUUAUAUGUCCAGAGGGAAACCAAAUUCUCAGUUGUCUUCAUUCUUUUGUUCAACAAGCAUUUGAUGAGCGCCUGCUAUGUGCCCUGUGCCAUGUCAGGUGCUUACCUCACCCAGAAGAAUGGAGGGGGGGUGAUGUGAGGGAGAAACACUCCCAGGUUAGACCCAGAAACUGGAUUAGGUGAGGUCUUAGUACAGACCCCAGAGGAAGUGAAUUAGACUCUAACCGAGAGGCUGAAGAAAUUAAACAACUGUGGAAAAGACUAGAAUGUAAGACAGAAGACUGAAGUUAGACCCCAGGGAGUGAACAGAGGUUUAACCAUGUUAGAGAGAGCUGAGGUUAGGCCUAGGCCUACAGGGAGGACUCAAGUUAGACCCCAGUAGAGAAUUCUGAGGUUAGAACCCUGCAAAGGAGGUCUGAGGUCAGACGCCAGUAGAAAGACAAAGAAAUUGGACCUCAGAGGAAAGGAUAUUUGAAGGAAAGGAAAGGACUGCUGUGGGAGAGCUUGGGUCAAAUUGUCGCAGAGGGUCUGAGGUGGACCCCUAUGGGUAAUGCUGAGGUUGAAAUGUAACAAAAAUUACUUAGGUUCCACCCUGUGCCAAGGACCACAGGUAGACCCCCAGCGGGAAAUAAUUGAGGUUAAAUCCCAGUGGGGGAGUACGGAGAUGAGACCAGGCAGACAGGACCCAGGAUGUACCGUGCUGGGAAGGACUAAGGCUAGACCUAAUCUGAAAAGCCCCUGGAGUUCGGAGACCAGGGAGUUAGAGACGAGGCUGAUUUCCCCAGUCUAUGGCUGUAGGAACUGCCCCCUCCCGUGGUCUGGUGGAUGGCAAGGAAUCAGAGGCCUAUAUCUCAGGGACCAGUGGAGGGCGGGGAUGAUGGAAGAAAUCUGGCCUUCCCCCACCGCCAGCCAGGAAUAGAAUCCAGGUCAGGAGGGGUAGAGAGUAAUUCCUGAGCAGGCUCCAGGCUUGUGGGGAGGGGGGGACUCCUGCACCCUGGGGGAGCUGGUCCGCCCCCAUGGUCAUGCUGGCCACCCAUCUGCCUCCUCCCUUGGAAGCCCACCCAGCACUGACCAGGAAGACCAAACUGCCAGUUCUCCAAGGGGGGUUGUGGGUGUGUGCCCACCCAUCUCCAGCCCCUCUCCCAGAACCCGUGGGAAAUUGCAGGGAGCUGGAUCAACGCCCUCCUCUCCUGGCAGUGGGCCUAAGGGUGUCCAGCCAGGACUGGCACCAUGUGAGGGCCACUGGUGGGAGCAGGGUGCCCCCUCCCGCAUACCGCCUGCUGAUGUGGUGCCUCUAUCACUUCCCAUUCUGGGGGAGCGUGGGAGGCUGGGCGGGAUUUGGGGUGGUUAGUUAGUAACGGUGUGGGAGUGCGAUCACUGUGUACACUUCCGGGCCCACAAGUUUGCACCUCCAGGAGCCACCUGUCUGGUCCUCUGCAGUCACUUCCUGUCCUUGUGCCAGAUCCCUGGUCUGGGCCAGUGUGUAGUGGAGCUGAAGCCACUUAUGCCACGGUUUCCCCAUCUGUAAAAUGGGGCCGAUAAUACCAAGGGGUGUGAGAGUUGGUCGUGGCAAUGUGUGUCAAGUGCUUAUAAAAAGCUGGAUAACCGUGCCUGGCACUGGCAAAAAGCAGUAUGAAUGGCGACUUGUUAUUAUUAUUAAUGGGAGCCUUUGUGGUUGUUUCUGGCUUGCUUUGUGAGGUUCCGUCUGCAGGCACUGUUUGUGAGUUUGGAUCUGACUCUGGCUAAAUAUUCUCGCCCUCCCCCCAGUUCUGUGAGCCUGUAACUAUUUCUAGCUGUUUUUGUGUCUUUUGGCCCUUGUGUGCAUCAGGGCUUGUGUGUGUGUGUGUGCGUGUGUGUGUGUCAGCAGCCUCCAACACACACACACACACACACACACUCUGUGCCCUCACCGCUGUCCCCAGCCUGUGGUGCUGA